UAAGAACAGCUUAGAGGAGGAGCAAGAGUUACCAAACAUUGUAGUGGGAGGAACUUAAGAACUUAGGACAUCUGCCUACAUAUAUAACUAGAAGAACAGCACUUAAUGCACCUGCUGGGAAGUGUCAGUCCACACAGACAGAUAAGUUGCUUCUCCCACUUACAAGAGCAAAACACUUCAUGGUCUCAUCACAGUGGAAGUGUACGGGUAAUAUAUUAGCCUUCAAACAGAAAUAUGGCGUCUGUGCUGUCUGAGGAGCAGUUUCUGUGCAUCAUCUGCCUGGAUAGCUUCAACAACCCCGUCUCCAUCCCAUGCGGCCAUAACUUCUGCCUAGAUUGCAUCGAGCACUUCUGGAAUACGAGACACAAUUCGGAGUGUCCGCUGUGUAAGGAGGCGUUCCAGAGACGUCCAGAACUCAGAGUCAACGUAGGCUUGAAAGACAUCACUGAGCAUUUUAAAAGAUCUCUGAGGGAAAAACCAGCAAACAAGCCAGUGCCACCAAAAAGGCAUUUUACAAGACAAUCCUUUACAUCUGAAGACAUUCCUUGUGAUGUCUGCCACGAAAACAAGGAAACAGCAGUCAAGUCAUGCCUCGUCUGCCAGGCAUCUUACUGUGAAAUGCACCUGACUCCUCAUCUAAGGGAUCCAGUGAUGACGAAGCACAGGCUGACGGACCCGGCCACCUUCUCCACCAGUCACCUCUGCAGAAACCACAACAAACCACUGGAGAUGUUCUGCAAGAAAGAGCAGACGCCUGUUUGCAGGAAAUGCACGGAGAGGGACCACAAACACCACGAGGUCGUCCCCAUGGAGACGGAGAGCAAAAGGAUCAAGAUGCAGAUGAAGAAGAGCCAAGCAGAGAUUCAACAGAUGAUCGAAGACAGAAUCAGAAAGAUUGCGGAGAUCAAGCAUUCAGUGGAGCUGAGCAGAAUAAACAAAGCAAAGGAUAUACAGACAAGCAUGCAGGUCUUCACCAUGGCAAUAAGUACCAUUGAGAGAAACCAGGCUUUGCUCAUUGAGGAGAUUGAACAGAAGCACGAGGCAGCGGAGAGCCGAGCAGAGGAGCUUCUCAGUGAGCUUGAGCUAGAUAUUGAUGAACUGCAGAAGAGGUGCAGUGAGCUGCAGCACCUGGAGGACGCCAAAGACUCUCUUCAUCUCCUGCAGAGCUUUCCAAUUUUAAGUGCUCCGGUAUCCACCAAAGACUGGUCUGAGAUCAGAGUCAACCCAGAAGUUUACAUAAGGGCUGUGAGAAGAUCCUUCUCCAAGCUGGUGGACAUCUGUCAAGAACUUGAAAAUAAACUAUCCACAGAAGAAGUAAGCAAGAUCAGUAAAUAUGCAGUGGAAGUGAGUCUGGAUCCUGCGACUGCUGCAGGGUGGCUGGUUCUCUCAUCGGAUGGUAAAAAGGUGAGCCUGAACCCCCAGAAGAAAAGACAAUCGCUCCCUCCUGACCCUCGAAGGUUCGACUCCACGGUGGCCGUUCUGGGGAGACAAAGCUUCACCUCUGGGAGACGGUAUUGGGUGGUUCAGGUCGGGGAUAAAACAGACUGGGAUCUUGGUGUGGCAAAGGAGUCCAUCAGCAGAAAGGGCUCCAUCACAGUCUGUCCUGACAGUGGCUACUGGGCGAUUUGCCGGCGAAAAUGUGGGAGUUUGCGUGCCUGUGCUGGACCUUCCAUCGGCCUCAACCUUAAAGAAUCCCCUCAGAAAGUUGGCAUUUUCCUGGACUACGAGGAAGGAUCAGUGUCUUUCUACAAUGCAGUAACAAAAAGUCAUAUCUAUACUUACAGCGGGUGUACCUUCACCGAGCCUCUGUACCCGUACUUCAACCCCUGCCUUCAUGACAAUGGAAAGAACACAGCGCCGCUGAUUAUCUGUCCAGUUGAAGCUGGGCUCGCUGUGGAGGCUGCAGCACUUUGAACUCGAGCUGAGUUUUGGUGGCAACGUCCUCGCUCAUUGCUAAAAUGAAAUCGAGGUGGAUUUAAUGCUCACUUUAUACCUGGUAUUAGGAUCCAAGGCAGAGUGUAAAGUUCAAGCAGAAGUCACUCAAAGCUGAAUGAGAUUGGAUCAAUCACACUUAAAACAAAUUUCCACUAAUUGACUUUUUCACCUGCAAUAAGUUUGCUGAUUCAUUCAAGACACAACAGAUUUACACUUAAUCUGUAACAUGUAUGUGCAUGUUUGACCCACCAUGUUUAGCUUCAGUGAAAUGUAGAUUCACUUUCUUUGCAGGCUUGAAAAUAUUUUAAUUUCUCAUCCCAAAGUCUUCCUCAGUGAAGAGUGACAGAGGCUUUAAGAAAACUACGGACGCUCUGCACACCAGAAGCUGCAGUUUAACGAAACAGAAAGGUUCAACUACAGGGUGGUUUUAUCAUUCUCUCGCAGUACAUGGUGGGAGUUUUUUAUGAGUCCUAGUCUUGCUAUUUGGUUAUUUGUUGUGAUGUUGUAAUCCUAGAUUCACAGUCAACCACUGCAGAAAUCCCCCACUCUAUUAGUCAAAUGUUGUCCACACACUCAUAAGUAUGUUUUAUAAGAAAUAUGUAGAGCAAGUGUAAAUUAAAACGCUUUCUGUUUGACACACUUUUAUUUACAGUGAACUGCACAAGAGCAGGGGGUCGUCCAGAGUACUUCUGCUGCUGGUAACUGAUUAAAAACUGUGAACCAGGAUUUUAUACAUGUAUUUUAUUAUGUUUAAUAAGUAUUUACUUUGUACGGGACAACAACCAGUCAGAUUUCUGAAUGAGCUUCACUGAUGCAUCCACUCAUGUAAAAAUUUGACACAUAUAAUCAACUGUGUUAAAAAAUACGAGAAUAUAUUUCUUUAUUUUGAGGGGUUUUAAUUCUGUUUUAUUCAAUACAAUUUAGGUGUAUUAGUAUUUAAGUAAUUGAAGAACUUGCCGAAUAAUGCAUGUUUUUUUUUACUCUACAAAAAUGUUAUCAAAUCAGUAAGGAUGUUUUUUACUCUCCUUUCUUCUUUAUUUGCAUUAUUCAGUAACAGAACUGUUGCACGGGUCAGGCUACUGUAAAUGGCUUUUUAAGAUUUAAACUUAAUGUGUAAAAUAAGAAUAUAACUUUGUGGACUUUAAAUGUACGGCAUGGUGUGCAUAGCCUGUUUAAAGCUUGGGUACCCACUUUGAGUGCUUGCUAAUCCUUUGUAUCAACUAAUAAAGACAAAAAACAAAAUACUAAAAAUUA